AAAUUUUCCCUGCUGCACGUGUACUGUACGAGGCGGUAUUUGAGAGCUUGAAAAAGAAAAGUUCACUUUGUUUUUUGAUGAAUUUAUCAAUUGCUUUGAAGAAAUGCUAAUACAACAAGUAUUGCAUCAGCUUCAGCCACGCCGGUUGCUAUCCAAAAUAGCAUCCAGAGCGGCUCGCCAAAGUAUUUCGCAAAAGAUAGAAUUUGGGCCUGGUAGAAUAAGUCAAGAAUGCCGUUUUGCCAGUAAGGCAUCCAAUGUUGAGCUCAAAAGACGACUAAAAGCCGAGCAGAAAGCUAAAGAAAAAGCCGAGAAGCCAGCUCCUCCACAAAAAACUGCAUCCGCCGAUAAAAAAGACAAAAUCAAAGAAGAAGAAAUCUCACCGAAUGAGUAUUUUAAAUUGCGUUCCACUGCCGUGGCUGAGCUCAAAAAGACACCCGACUCCCAUCCCUAUCCUCACAAGUUCCAUGUUAGCAUAUCGCUGAAGAACUUCAUCGAAAAGUACUCGGACUUGAAGGAUGGUGAUAUGUUGUCGGAUGUCAGUCUAAGUGUUGCUGGACGAGUUCAUGCGAUUCGUGAAUCUGGAGCCAAAUUGAUAUUCUACGAUUUGCGUGGCGAAGGAGUCAAACUCCAAGUUAUGGCCAACGCCAAAUUGUACGAAAGCGAAGCGGCAUUCGAGACCGAUUUAACAAAACUCCGGCGUGGUGAUAUAAUUGGAAUAAAUGGCUAUCCCGGGAAAACUAAGAAAGGUGAACUAUCUGUUAUCCCAAGGACGAUAAAACUCCUAUCACCAUGUUUGCAUAUGUUGCCACAUCUGCAUUUCGGGCUCAAGGAUAAGGAGACUCGAUUCCGUCAAAGGUAUUUGGAUCUUAUCCUGAAUAACAAAGUCAGAGAGACUUUCCAGAUCAGAGCUAAGAUCAUUGCAUAUGUCCGUCAAUUCCUCGAUAAAAUGGGAUUCCUUGAGAUCGAAACCCCAAUGAUGAAUAUGAUUGCUGGAGGUGCUACCGCUAAACCCUUCAUCACACAUCACAACGAUCUCAACAUGGACCUUUACAUGCGUAUAGCUCCCGAACUGUAUCACAAAAUGCUUGUAGUUGGUGGUUUGGAUCGUGUGUACGAAAUCGGUCGUCAGUUCCGUAACGAGGGCAUCGAUCUAACCCACAAUCCCGAAUUCACAACUUGUGAAUUCUAUAUGGCCUAUGCUGAUUAUCACGAUCUCAUCGAGCUGACUGAGCAAAUGAUUUCGGGAAUGGUGAAAGCCGUACAUGGAUCCUACAAGAUCAAAUACCAUCCAGAUGGUCCCGAGGGUGAGGAGCAGGAAAUCGACUUCACACCACCCUUCAGACGGGUUUCGAUGAUAAAAACCCUCGAAGAGAAAUUAAAUGUCAAAUUUCCCAGUCCGACUACUUUCCACAAAAAGGAAACUACCGAAUUCCUCAGUCAGUUGUGCAUCAAGCAUCAGGUUGAAUGUCCAGCUCCAAGGACCACGGCUCGUUUGCUGGACAAACUAGUGGGUGACUUCAUCGAGGAGACAUGCAUCAAUCCGACGUUCAUCUGUGACCAUCCACAAGUGAUGAGUCCAUUGGCCAAGUACCAUCGCAGUGAGCCAGGACUAACCGAGCGUUUCGAGUUGUUCGUCAUGAAGAAGGAGGUCUGCAAUGCCUACACCGAGUUGAAUGAUCCAGCGGUGCAACGUGAGCGUUUCGAACAGCAGGCGGGCGAUAAGGCGGCCGGCGAUGAUGAGGCACAGUUGGUCGAUGAGAACUUCUGUACCGCAUUGGAAUAUGGUUUGCCACCUACUGGUGGCUGGGGUCUAGGAAUUGAUCGGUUGACGAUGUUCCUAACUGAUUCCAAUAAUAUUAAGGAGGUUCUGCUGUUCCCUGCCAUGAAACCAGAUGAUCCAAACAAGAAUCAAGCUCCAGCUGAUGCUGCAGCUCCACCAGCAACGCCAGAAAAGAAAUAAAUUGUAUUUAUUUAGAAGUAAUUGGUCAGUAAGUGGAAAUUUAUACCCAGCAAGUGACAAGAAUAAAAACCAUGAUAUUUAAAUUAAAACAAAAAUCUUUUAAACAUUUCAUUUUGAAGAAUAAAGCUUUAAUAUUUAUUGAGGGUGCAA